AUGUCGUCCCAAUUACAGAAGAAGCCCUCCAGCCUCAACUUGCUUCACAAACCAUCCGAAGCGACCGUGGACGACAAGCCGCCCGCUCACGAACCGCCCAAGGGUGCUGAUGCGAAAGAUGCCACAGCUGCGCAGAUCAAGGAGGAGCGCAAAUCCAGAUCUCGAAGCCUAGUCAUGGCUAUGGAAUGCCCGAGUGAACUCUUUGACUUCUUGCAGGCGAGCCACUCCCAGGAUAAUCCGGAGACGCCUUGCCGCAGGCUUCUCGACGCCUUCAAUGGGCCAGACUCUACGCCAUCCUUCAUGAAGGCAUCGCCCCCUACCGGGUCUACCGCCUCUACGAAUGCUUCAGGUUCGCUGGCAAGCAGUCCCGACUCCAGCCAGACUGCACCGACGGAUGGGCCUCCGAGGUCCUCCCCGCGCCCGGCACCCGUGCCUGGCAUGAAGUUUGGAUUUGGGAAUGCUUUCAAGCCCUCGAACUUGCAGUUCCGAUCAAAGUCUACCGAGAGCAACCUGGGUGACCAAACCAGCCCAACCAAGAGCGACAUCGAUUUGGUGAAGAAUGAGAUCGACAAGGCCAAGGAGGCUCUGAAGCAGGAGAAGAAAGCUGGUAAGGCUGCUGAUGGUGCUGCCGACAACAAGGAAAGCAAGCCUGGCCCUGUUGGCAACCUGGCCAAGCAGGCCCAGGCCAAGGCUUUGUUGAGGAAGCAAAGUUCAGCUGAUGUGCUGGGCUUGGCAGCUGCUGUGAGCAGCUUGAGGCUCAGCCCUGCCCAGAAGUCCGCCGCCAAGCCGAAGGGCCGGGGAAAGAAGAGGCCCGUGGAAGUGGAGGAGAGCGAGGGCGAGGAUCUUGGUUCUGCUGAAGAGAAUGAGGCUGAGGACGCCGCCAGCUACGAGAACAUUGACAGCGACGAGGAGAUCAACAAAGAGGAUCGGAUUUCGGAGGCCAAGUCCGGGAAGCAGAACCGCAAGAAAAAGCAGCCCAAGACCGCAAAAGCCGAGCCAAAGCGCAAGAGCACGGGUUCCGGAUCGGCCCAGGCCGGGUCUGAGACCAAGCAGAAGAAGCCGAAGGAGACCAAGCAGAAGGAGACCAAGCAGAAGGAGACCAAGCAGAAGGAGCCGAAGAAAACCAAGAAGCAGACCAAGACCGACCCUGUGGAGACUGCUGAGAAGGGCAACAAGCGCCCGUGCAUGGAGAGCUUCCUUGCGAAGGAGUGGCUUAAGUUCCGCGACGAGAAGAUGAAGGAGUUGAAGGGCACCAAGCCCUACCAUAUGCUGCUGAAGGACAUUGCUGCCUUGUGCCCCGGAGUCCUCAAGGAUCCACAGGCGAUCCCAUGCCGGUGGGAGAAUGAUCAGAGCAUCGUGGUGCUCGAAGUUGCCGAGGAAGGCUCGCGACGAUUGAAAGACACGGCCCCGUGCACCAUCCGAUCCCUUCUCCUCGAGUUCGAGACAAACGGAAUGGUCGAGACGACCUUGAACGGACACGAGUAUGUCCGUCCGGAAGGAAGCAGUGGCGACGUGGAUUUCUUCGAAGUCACCCCAGAUGAGCAAAACCCGCUUGUUUUCAAGUUUUCGGCCAUCCCCACAAAGACGAUCGAGCAGGGUGGCGUGAAAUUCACCAGCCUGGCGAGCUUCUUCAACAACCGCGAGCUCAUGAAUGACGCGAUGCUUGCAAUGUGCUGGCGGGUGAGCUAUUCGCAGGAUGAUCAG